ACUUCUUGCGCAAAAACUCGCAUACUCUUACCCGUACACUUCUGCAAUCGCGGAUGAUUUACUAGAAAUCGAGUGAGACGCGUGUAUUGCAAUCGUAUGCAAAAAUAAGUUCAAUUGCGCUCGAACACCACCCCCCGCUCGUCUUUGACUCGUGUGCCGUGUGUUUCAGUAGCCCCCGCAAUCAAGCCGAUUUUGUCAACUGAUUUUCGGCCCCGUAAAAAUUUCUUCUCGCUGCCUGCCGUGUGUAUAGGUGUGUUUGUGUGUUCGCCGCGCGCCCGUGUUUCUGUGUGUGUAAGUGCUGUGCUGUGCCAGUGUAUGUGUCGGCCAAAGAGAGCCGCAAAACAACAAAAAGAAAACCAAAUUCGACAAAUGCGGUCAAAUUGAAAAGAAAAACAGAGAAAUAUAGUAUAUCCAUCAACAGAAGCAGCCCGCGCAAAGCCAGGUAGAGCAAAAGCAAAAGCCAGAAUCCAAAGGCAAAAAUCAAAGGCAAAGCCAAAGCCAAAAGCGAGAAAGCGUGCCGCUAGCAGACGCUGCAGCCGCCACCGCGUUCCUGAAAAGCCGGAAAAUUGCCAUCUAGGCGUUGUCGCGCGACGACGACGACCCACGAGAGAGACUCUUCUUCUGCCAUAAAAAUUGUUUAUGCUGUCUGUGUGCUCGACCUAAGAAAGUAAGAGAGAGAGGAAAGGUGGAAGCGGUACCGCUGCUCUUAUCAAACAUACACACACAUACAUAGCCUUAUCAGCUGAUUGUUGCAAAAAUUCCAAAUUAACAGCGCAUAAAACGGUAUAAGAAACGUCGUAAAAGAUUUAUUCAACCUAACCAAUCCACUGAUGUAUUCGGAGUGAAAUUCGAGAAAAGAUACAAAGAUACAAGCCAGUCGACCGCCCGCAGCCUGAGUAGCAAACAGACACACACAGAUACAUUCAAUCAAGCAAAAGCACUUGAAAGGGAAAUAUAUUCGCUUGGUUUUUCGCAAUUCCAAUACCUUGAAAACUAAAUGACGCCUGUGUCUGCAGCACUGAUGCCACAUACUUUGGACCAUAGACGACGGCCCCAAAUUAGCCAUCAAGCCAUAGAUUUGCAAGUCUAGAGAUACAAAGAUACUCCCUUCAGCUAUAAAGAGAGAGUGAGACAAAGACGACCACAAAAAGGAGUCGAUAGCCGGAGAUACAUAAAAAGGAGAGAGACCACCAACAGCAGCAGCCGUUGAGUGAGCAGUUUGUGCGUGUGUGUGCCAGUAUUUUAUUUCGAGAGCGCCAAAGGAUUCAUUAAAAAACCGCCAACCUGGAACUAAUGGAAUUAGAGAAUAUUGUGGCCAAUACGGUCUACUUGAAAGCAAGAGAAGGUGGUUCCGACAGCAACAAGGGAAAGAGUAAAAAAUGGCGCAAAAUCCUACAAUUUCCACACAUAUCGCAAUGCAUCAACCUGAAAGACAAAUUAGAUAUAAGCUAUGGCUACGUGAUAGAUCAGCAACCCAUUGGUCGUGAGCUCUUUCGACAGUUCUGCGAGAACAAGCGGCCCAUCUACUUUCGCUACAUCGUUUUUCUCGAGCAGGUGGUCAAAUACGAGAUAGAGUACAUUGUGAAUCGCAUAUUUAUGGGCCAUGACAUUGGACGGCGCUUCCUCGAUGUUGAGCCGCAGCUGGAGCUGCGUAAUGGCGGCGGACUGGGGGGUGGCGAUGCACUCGAUGCGGAGACGCGGGAGGAGCUGCUGCUCAACAGCAGCAAUGCAAAUCCAACCGAAACAACAACAGCUGAGACUGAAAACUGCAACAAUACCACCGCCAACAACUGCAACAACAUCACCAGCAACAGCAACAGCAUCAGCCACAGCAACAGCAGCAACAUCAAUCACAAGAAGCUGGACACACGCAACCAUAACGGGGACGACCAUGCCACUGCUGAUGGCAUCACCGACGAUGGCGAUGAGGGCGUCGAGUGCGGCGACAGUCAUGACGAUGCUGCCGCAGAGAAAGCGAUCAGCGCCGGCGGCAAUGCCACUGGCAUUGGAGGAUCCGCAGACGAGCUGGUUCUGGACGUGCUCAACGAUGAUCUCAUUGCGCAAGUGCGUAACAAACUGAACUCUGGCGGCAAAGACAUCUUUGUCCAGUGCGUCAAGGCAGUGAAGGCGUUCCUGGCCGGCGAGCCCUUCAGAGAGUUUGAGAACUCCAUGUACUUUCAUCGUUACUUGCAGUGGAAGUGGCUGGAGGCGCAGCCAAUCACCUAUAAAACAUUUCGCAUGUAUCGUGUCCUCGGAAAGGGUGGCUUUGGCGAGGUCUGCGCCUGUCAGGUGCGGGCCACAGGGAAAAUGUACGCGUGCAAAAAGCUGGAGAAAAAACGCAUCAAGAAGCGCAAGGGCGAAUCGAUGGUGCUCAUCGAGAAGCAGAUACUGCAGAAAAUCAACUCCCCCUUUGUGGUGAAUCUGGCCUAUGCAUACGAGACAAAGGAUGCCCUCUGCCUGGUCCUGACCAUAAUGAAUGGCGGCGAUUUGAAAUUUCACAUUUACAACAUGGGUGGCGAGCCGGGCUUUGAGCUGGAGCGUGCCCGCUUCUAUGCCGCGGAGGUGGCCUGCGGACUGCAGCAUCUGCACAAGCAGGGCAUCGUUUAUAGGGACUGCAAGCCCGAGAAUAUACUGCUCGAUGAUCAUGGUCAUGUGCGCAUAUCCGACCUCGGACUGGCCGUGGAGAUACCCGAAGGCGAGAUGGUGCGCGGACGUGUGGGCACAGUGGGCUACAUGGCGCCUGAGGUUAUUGACAAUGAAAAGUAUGCAUUCUCGCCGGAUUGGUUUAGCUUUGGCUGCCUGCUGUACGAGAUGAUCGAGGGCCAGGCACCAUUCCGAAUGCGCAAGGAGAAGGUCAAGCGUGAGGAGGUGGAUAGGCGCGUUAAGGAGGAUCCCGAAAAGUAUUCGAGCAAGUUUAAUGAUGAAGCCAAAUCAAUGUGCCAACAGCUGUUAGCUAAAUCGAUAAAGCAGCGCCUCGGGUGCCGCAACGGGAGGAUGGGGGCCCAGGAUGUGAUGGCCCAUCCGUUCUUCCAUUCAACGCAACUAAAUUGGCGCCGCCUGGAGGCUGGCAUGCUCGAGCCGCCAUUUGUGCCAGACCCGCACGCCGUUUACGCCAAAGAUGUACUCGAUAUUGAACAGUUCUCGACGGUGAAGGGUGUCAAUAUCGAUGAAUCCGACACGAAUUUCUACACGAAAUUCAACACUGGCUCUGUGUCCAUUUCAUGGCAGACUGAAAUGAUGGAAACGGAGUGUUUUCGCGAGCUGAACGUGUUCGGUCCCGAGGAGUGCCCCACGCCAGAUUUGCAGAUCAAUGCAACGCCCGAACCGGACAAGGCUGGAUGUUUCCCCUUCAGGCGGAAGAAGAAGCAGCCAGCACGCACACAGCCCAUACCCAUUCCUGAGCAUCUGUUAACCACUAGUCACAGCGUGUCCUCUACGACGGUUGAGAGCUGAUAGCAGAGAUUAGCCUCUGAGGAAGCCUCUACUCGUACGCCAAUCGUAGUAGAAGUCGACACAUAGCACAAAUUGCGCAAAUUUACCCCGAAAUAGAGGUAUUCAGCAGCCCCAGCAGCAGCAACAGAUCAUCGUAGCACAACCUAAAAACAACAACAAAUUCAAAACCAAAAUGGGUUUCUCUCUCAGUUGACGCGCAAGAAGCACUUUUGAAAUUGUAUUUUUACAUCAAAUUUUCGAAUGAAAUUGCAAGCUGAUUUCGAUACAAACACACACACAAACGUACACACACGCAUAAGUAUAGUAACUUUAUAAAUGUUUCCAGAAAAGACUCUUUCAAACCGAAACAAACAAACACAAACACUAAAGCACACAUUAGAGCGUUACUUAAUUGAAAAUGUGGUAUGCAUAAAAUACUAUACCUACCAUUUAACUAUACUUGGACUUGGAGGGCUAAUGCAGACAGGACUAUGGAACCGAAAUUAUAGCAAACCGCAAGCCGCAAACUGCAAGCCACAGAUUGGUUUGACAUAGCACCCAAAAAAUAAUGUUACUUAAAUGCAAAUGCUAUACAUAGAUAUAUAUAUAUAUAUAACAAAUUGUACACCCUAUUAUACGCAUCAGAAGCAGCAGCAGCACAAUGGAUUGUAAUAUUUGUAAAGUAGUUUGUGCUCAACGGGGGACAUAGCGCUGGAGGAAGGUUCUUCUAGUUAGCAUUUUGUAGGGCAGUUAAGCAAAUGACAUGAAUACUCGAAAAACUUGAAUGCAUUUUUAAACAAAUACUUAACAUACAUAAACAUACAAGGCAUAAUAUGUACAUGCAUAAAUACAUAAAGUACGUAGCAUAAGCAUAAGCACACAAUACACAUAUGUACAUAUGUGAGAGGUGUACAUUUUAAAAUUAUUUAUACGACUUUCCUAAUUUUAAUUGCCGCACACUUUUGCUACGCUUUUCAUAUUGUUCUUUGACUCUAAUUUUCUGUUGCCUAAGUUUAAGUUGGCCCAAAGGUGGGUGGGGCUGUUCCCGCCCUCCCAUGGGAGGACGUUAUUACUGAUAUUUGUUUCGUCAUGCAAUAAAUUAACAACAAAUUACGCUAACUAAUGCUAAUUCAUUCGAGAUAUCGAUGUCCGGCUAGUGUCUAAGUUUUGUGUAAACGUAGCGUAGGCAUUUUGUAAUUAGCAAUCAAAGGAGGUGAAACAAAACACACGAGAGAAGGAAACCAAUUGGAGAAUUUAUUAUGUUAAUAUUGAAAAUUAAUUAUAAUUAUUGCAAUUGUUGGCAGUGGCGGGCCGGAUGACUGCCAAGUGCAACGUUUAGUUCCAAUUAAAUUUGAUUUUAGGCACAACUAGCAAAUUUAAGGCAUUCAUAGAAUUGAACAGCUACGAGUACGAGUAUAA